AUGGCCAAGACGGACGCAAAGGAGGUGAAGCCGCGGAAGCGCUCCAAGAAGAUUGCGACGACGGCGACCAAGGACGCGCCCCAGGAUGGCGCUGCCAAGAAGCGCACGCCGGUCAAGGGCCCGUCCAAGACGACCAAGCCGAGCCCGGCGAAAGCGCCGAUCGAGACCAUUGUCAUCGACGGCGACGAGUCCGAGACCAACAAGGAGGACGCGGAGGCCGAGGCCAAGCCGAACUUGAAGAUUGAUACCGUGGAGGCCACGACGACGGGCACGCCAGAUUUCCUCUCGCCAGUGAGCAAGCUUCAGCGCUCGCAAGAGAUCGCUGCCAAGGAACAAGAGGCACGUCUCGAAGCGGCCGAGGCCAAGCGCCUUGCCGACGCUCGCCAGCGUGGCGCCAAGCGCAAGGACAUGGCCUCAGAUGCCGAUGCGCCGACCCACACCAAGGUUGCCAAGACAGGCGUGCUCGAGACGGACGUCGAGACGACGACGACGACGACGAUGAUUCAGGAGACGACCAUCAAGGCUGCGACGCACGCGGUCACGCGGUCCAAGAUCCUCUCCGAAAAGAAGACCAAGAUCGUCAAAAACAUCGACGAGUCCGCAACCCAGUACGCAUUGCGCGCCGCCAAUAUCAACAAGGAAGAGCGCAAGAAGAUGGCCGCAGCCAAGGCUGCAAUCGCUGUAGCCGAGCGCGAGGUCGUGCAAGCCGAGACGCCCGAUCUGCCCAACGCGUCGAACGACGCACCAGCGACGCCGGCCGUGGCCACGAGCCCCGACGACGUGUACGAGACGCCCGAGUUUGUCGCCCGCAGCACCGAAGACCACUUCCGCAGCGUCUCUUCGACGACGACGACGACGUUUCCCGACGUCAUGCACGUCGAAGAGGCUGUCGAUACGUCGAAUGACGCGCCGUCGACCGCCCUUGUUCGAUCUCUGCCGGGCCCGAAGCGCUCGUCCACCGCCCGCGUCAUCGCGUACGCCGGUGUCAUUGCCGCCGCGGUCGGCGCUGUCGUCCUCGGCGCGACCUCGGCCUACGUAGAGCAGCUGCCGCACUGCGACGCCAAUGCCACGGCUGCGGACCUCCACUGCCGACCCUGUCCCACGCAUGGCGUCUGUCAUGACGGCGUCUUGGUCGACUGUGACCCCUCUUACAUUGCGCUACGAGGCGAGUGCCACGAAGCCAUGGGCCUCACGCGCGACUCGCGCUUGAUGGCGACGAUGCUCGCCGAGGUCUGGCGCAGCGAAGCCACGUCCGUGUACUGCGAGGUGCCGCUGGCAUCCCGGCUCGAAGCGCUGGACCCGCUCCGUGUCGUGCAAGACCUCGGGCUGCCGUCGUCGGUCCCGCUCUCGACCGAAGCCCUGCGCCAACAGCUCCGGGCCGACCCUGCGUGGAAGGAAAUCGGACCCAAGACGUUUGGCAUCGCGUUUUCAAAGGCGCUAACGCGCCUCGGCAAAAAGAGUGACGCGGCGUUCGUCGACUUGACCAUCGAUGACGCGUCGCCGUGGUGCCGCGCGACAACCUUUGUGCUGGAAUACGUGACGUCGGUCGUCCUCUCGGUGCUGCUCGUGGCGCUUACGGUCUUUGUCGUUGUCGACAAUCAGAAUUUUACGCGCGACCAAGCACUCCUGGCGCGCAUGAUGGUCGUCGUCGAGGACGAGCUGAUGACCCACGCCGCGUCCCGCGUCGACGAGACCGAGGACGCAGGCUACCCGAUCCAGUACCUCCGCGACCACGUUGUCGAUAUCCUCGAGCUCUCGCGCGACGAGAAGCGCCGCGUUCUCUCGAGUGUGUGGCACCAGCUCUGCGCCGCGGUGCGCUCGGACCCCCGCAUUGUCGAGCGCACGACCCCGCGCUCGGGCGUCGUAUGGGAGUGGGUCGGCGGGGCCAAGGCCUUUGAUAGCUCGUCAUUUCCGCCGUACGACCACACGACACCGGCGGCCUCCGUGCGGUCGGCGUAA